AUGUCUGUUUAUAACUCCCCCCUCCUUAACCCUACCUCCAACAAGGUCCGCGGCUACGACGUCAAACCCGACGACGUUCCGCCUUCUCCGCUGACCGUUGACGUCGAUAUGGACACCAACUUGGUUCCCCUCAAUCCGGAGGUCAGCGCUACCAAUUCUAAUCCUCCCGCCGUACCCACAGCAACUAAUUUUGUGCUGGUAUGUUCGCAGGAAGAGCGCGACACCGCGGAUGAGGUCUUCUACGAGACCGAGGCUGUGCGCGUCGAGGUGCUCAAGGCGGAUGCGCGCUCCAAGGCUACCAAGUCCACUAACCACCGCCGCAACCGCAACCGUCGCAAGGCUCAGCGCCGCUCCAAGAAGCGCGCUGUUAAAGCAGCCGAGCGCAACCGCAUCUACGACCGUGACACCAAGGACAACACCUCGGCGGCGCCUCCUAAUGGUAUCAUCGUGCCGGAAAACACCUCGGCGUCGACUUCUCCACUCCCUGACCGUUGGCUGGUCAGGGGAGGAAUACCUGAAGGUAUUCAGCACCGGCCUACGCACCCCUUCUACUAUGAGUCGACAGAGUACACCGACAACUUGCGGGCUACUAUUAACAUUGGGUGGAUGUCACUAGAAAAGUCACUAGUCAUGGUAAAAGUCAUAUAUGGCUAG